AUGAUACAAAAUUCGGCUGCACCAGAUGGCGGCCUACGGGCUUGGACUCAAGUCGCGGUGGGCUGCCUGGCCGUGUUCUUGACCUGGGGAUACGCCAAUGCAUUCGGCGCGUUUCAAUCCUACUACAUAUCCGUCCUGCCUCAAAAUCAAUCUGCAAUCUCCUGGAUUGGCUCCCUCCAAGCCUGGCUUACCUUCUCGACGGGAGCUAUUUCCGGAUGGCUGCUAGAUGCCGGUUAUCUGACAGUUGCUUUGGUCGCCGGUGCUAUUCUACAGCUACUAGGGAUCUUCCUCAUGAGUGUUUCCAACCAGUAUUGGCAACUUGUAUUGACGCAGGGCAUCCUCUCCGGCCUCGGAAACGGGCUGAUCUUCACGCCAACGCUCGCCUUAGUCCUGACCUACUUCUCCUCCCGUCGUUCUCUCGCACUGGGACUUGUUACACUGGGAAAUUCUCUAGGGGGCGUGAUUUAUCCUGCCAUCGUGCGGGGGCUUCUCGCACACGUCGGCUUCAGCUGGAUGGCCCGCACUAUUGGUUUCAUCCAUCUAGCAGGAUUUUGCUUGGUGGUGGGCUUCUUACGAGCAAGAUUGCAGCCACAGCGAAAGGGGCCAGUCGUGGACUUUGCGGCGUUUCAGGAUCGUGUAUACGUCGCUUAUGUCUUUGGGCUCUUUUUCUUCUGCUGGGCGAGGUACUACACCUUCUACUAUGUUGGAUCAUUUGGUAUCCAGGUUCUUCACAUCUCAUAUACCGAAGCCACAUAUCUCAUCAUGAUCAUCAACGGCACCGGCCUCCCCGCUCGUAUUAUAGUUGGGCUGCUAGCAGAUCGGUUCGGGCCGUUCAACACCUCCAUCCCAACAGGCCUCUGCUUGACUGCCGUGGCUUUCAGCUGGCUGGGAAUUUCCAACCGCGCUGGUAUAUUCGCCUGGACGGCGUUUUACGGUCUGUUCUCCGCAGGCAUACAGAGCCUCAUUCCCUCCGGGGUGGCAAGCAUAAACGAGCGCAUGGACAUGAUCGGCGCACGGCUGGGGAUGUGCUUCACCGUCAUGUCAUUCGCAGCACUGUCAGGUCCGCCCAUCGGGGGCGCAAUACAAAAUGCAGCAGGUGGUAGCUAUGGGGCCGCUCAAGUAUGGGCGGGACUUGCGGACGCGAGUUGUGUGCUACUCAUCAUUCUGGCGAGGGUACUUCAGGGCCGAAGGAAGAUUGAGGAGAAGGCUUAG